AUUCGCUCAGCCAAUCCAAGCGCGCCCAGGCGUCGCGGCCCCGCCUCCUCCACUGCCCUCAGGUUUAGCUGGAAGAAAGCAGAAGCCUCUACCUCGGCGGGAGGGGAUGGAGGCGGCGGCGGCGCCGGGGAGGGAAGCCCCGGCGAGGACGGCGAGUCAGCCCAGCGGCUGCGGAAAACACAACUCGCCGGAGAGGAAGGUUUAUAUGGACUAUAAUGCAACCACUCCCCUGGAGCCAGAAGUCAUCCAGGCCGUGACCGAGGCCAUGUGGGAAGCCUGGGGAAAUCCCAGCAGUCCUUAUCCGGCAGGAAGAAAGGCCAAAGAUACUAUAAAAGCAGCUCGGGAGAGCCUUGCGAAGAUGAUUGGUGGGAAACCUCAAGACAUCAUCUUCACUUCCGGGGGCACUGAGUCAAAUAAUUUAGUAAUCCAAUCUGUGGUGAAACAUUUCCACGUAAACCAGACCUCAAAGGGAGACACGGGUGUGCACCACAGCCCAGUAGAGGGGGCCAAGCCUCAUUUGAUCACUUCCUCUGUGGAACACGACUCCAUCCGACUACCCCUGGAGCACCUGGCAGAACAACAAGCGGCAGAGGUCACCUUUGUCCCGGUGUCCAAGGCGAGCGGGCGGGCAGAGGUGGACGACAUCCUUGCAGCCGUCCGCCCAACCACACGCCUCGUGAGCAUCAUGCUGGCCAACAAUGAGACUGGUGUCAUCAUGCCUGUCCCUGAAAUCAGCCAGCGCAUUAAAGCCCUGAACCAGGAACGGGCAGCAGCCGGGCUGCCUCCCAUCCUUGUGCACACGGAUGCCGCACAGGCCUUGGGGAAGCGGCGCGUGGAUGUGGAGGACCUGGGUGUGGACUUCCUUACAAUCGUGGGGCACAAGUUUUAUGGUCCCAGGAUUGGCGCACUGUAUGCACGAGGACUUGGUGGCUGUACCCUUCUCUAUCCCAUGCUGUUUGGAGGUGGACAAGAACAGAAUUUCAGACCAGGGACAGAGAACACCCCAAUGAUUGCUGGCCUUGGGAAGGCUGCAGAGCUGGUGACCCAGAACUGGGAGGCUUAUGAGGCCCACAUGAGGGACAUCCGGGAUUACCUGGAGGAGAGGCUGGAGGCUGAAUUUGGUCAGAAGAGAAUCCAUCUGAAUAGUCAGUUUCCAGGGACCGAGCGGCUUCCCAACACCUGCAACUUCUCCAUCCGGGGACCCCGGCUUCAAGGACGCAUGGUGCUCGCACAGUGCCAAGUGCUGAUGGCCAGUGUGGGGGCCGCGUGCCACUCGGACCACGGGGACCAGCCAUCCCCAGUGCUGCUGAACUCUGGCGUCCCCUUCGAUGUGGCCAGGAACGCGCUCCGGCUCAGCGUGGGCCGAAGCACCACCAGGGCCGAGGUGGACCUCGUCGUGCAGGACCUGAAGCAGGCGGUGGCGCAGCUGGAGGACCAGGCCUAGCGCCGGUGCCCUCCCUGCCUGCUCCUAGGAAGCCCAUCACAGGGCACAGGGUUGUCCCUUCAGUUCCCUCCUACGGGCUGUGCCAGGAUGACUGUCUCAUGCCCCCUUCUGCAUUUGGUCCUGGAGCGCCUGCAGGGGAGUGUGCACUUCCCCCCCCCAACCCUACCCAGCUUCCUUCCCUGGACCCCUGCGGAGCUCACAGGGCCCAGGACACCAGCAUGGGACCACCCACAGCAUAGGACCGCCCACAGCAUAGGACCACCCACAGCAUAGGACCGCCCACUGCAGAACUCACACAGGCCCAUCCUCCAAUGGUGAUGUGGAAACACCAGCUUUAUCCACCCUCCUGGGAAUGGGGCAAGCCUAUCGUGAGUGCACUUUCCUGGAACGUCGUGUUUUUAUCUAGAAGGUAGAAUCCAAGUAUUUAUAACUCAUCGUCAGGCAAAUGCUAUCAUGAAAAUAGGAAACUGAUUGUUUUGCUUUGAUCGUGGCUUCCCACGUGCGCCUUUCCAGAGCAAUCACUUCUCAGGCGCUUUCCAGAGGCUGCCUCCACCAGCCCUGCUCCUCUGGCCUCGGCCACAGUGGACCCAGCUGUAGGGUCAUGCCCUACAGGGUCACGGGGUGUCCCCUGUCACUGUGCUGAGGCGCAGGAUCCAAGAAAUAAAGAGACAGGACACAGAAGGACAAAGAAAGUGCAGCUGGGCUUGCUGGGGGGUGCGCACGCCACCUAUAAGCGGAGACAGACGAGGCCCCGAACACCCGGAAGCAUCUAUUUAUUGGGUAUAGUUUGGGGGCAGGGUAGUGAGUGAAGUGACCUGAAGGAUAGUGAUAGGGUCAAGACAGUCAAGUGAGCGGUAAGCAAGGGGCCCACCCCCAUCAGGUCACCGAGGAGGCGGGCGGCACGCAGUAAGGAGGGGGCAGUGUGCAUCAUCUCAUCUAUGGGCAGGCUGCUUCUAAGGAUGUCUGUAGGAGGAUGCUUUGAGCCAGCACGGCAACAACAGAGCUGACAAUGUUCACAGCCACCAAGGCACAGUUAUACCGGAGGGGUUUUAAGCCCUUGGACACUGGCAGGAUUGCCUGCCAGGGGCCAGCUUUCCACAAGAACUGGACGCAAGGUACUGGAACUCCUUUUCAGGAGGAGUGACUCUUGCUCCAAGCCUGCCAUACAGCGGGUGUCUUUACCAUACUGAACACUGCCGCCUAGGCCAGCCUGCCAUGUAGUGCGUGCCCUUUCAGGCAGAGGCACUACCUUUUGGGCCAUAAAUUAUUGUCCUGAUAUAAUUGUUUUUCCUUUAAAUCAUGCUCAGCACCGUGUCUGCUCUAGACAUUCCUCCGACUAUAAAAUAUAUAUAUAAAAAGAAAUGACUGAGUAGUAAGAUACUCUUCAGGCGCUAAUUGUCCUGACUGUAAACCAAUAGAAGGAUUAUACAAAGGAACUAACUGGGUAGUAACACUAUAAACUAAGACAUUCUUCAGGCACUCAUUGUGCCAGGGAUCUACUGAGCUCUCCUUCCUCGGUGCCCAGAUGGGGGGACCGCCGACACCCCGCCUCGGCCAGGCCUGUUCCGCUCGGCACCCACCACCCUCCUGCGUCCCCAGCCUGACUCUGUUGCACCCACCAGCACUCAAGGUUGCAUGCUUUCCCGGCCUCAGUCCCCAGGCCCUCUCUUGUCCCUUGUGGUCACGGACUCAGGGUUCACCUCCAGCCUCGCUGAGCUGGUGCUUGUACAGCCCCAGGUCAUUCCUGAGGUGUAGAAUCGGGUCAUCCCUGACUCAGCUUUUACCUCGAUUUUAUUUGCAAAGGAUUCUUUUCUCAAAUGCUCUGUGGCAUUUGGACACACAUCCCAAGUUGGUAUUUGCAUAGGAGUCACUUUCAGUGAAAUAACAUUUUUAAUGUGUGGUUUUAUGGUUCAAGAAACUACAUGAUGAUUUUGAGGAAACACUUGCCAGAAACUAAAUGAACAAAUAAAGGAUUUCAGUGCUC